AUUCACUUCCUCUCCCGACCUUAAAACCCUAGUUCGUCGCUUUUCUUCUGAUCAAUUAUCAAAAUUCCUUCUUCUCGCGUUUAUUGAAUCUAUUGGCAGAGAUGAAGGCCAUCGCUGCAUUCUUGCUCGCCGUUCUGGGAGGAAAGGCUAGCCCUUCUGCCAGAGAUAUCAAGGACAUCCUUGGAUCAGUUGGUGCCGAGGUUGAUGAAGAAAGCAUUGAGCUUCUCCUGAAAGAAGUGAGUGGUAAGGACAUCACGGAACUGAUUGCGUCUGGUCGGGAAAAGUUGGCUUCUGUGCCGUCUGGUGGCGGUGGUGUGGCGGUUGCCUCUGCUCCUGCCGGAGGCUCUGCUGCUCCUGCAGCCGAGGAGGAGAAGAAGGAAGAGAAAAAGGAAGAGAAAGAGGAAUCCGACGAUGACAUGGGUUUUAGUCUGUUCGACUAAGAAUUUUUGCCAAUGGGAAUCGUCAUCAUAUCCGUAUGAAGUCUUCUUCUCUUAUUUUUAGUGUAUCUUUUGUUUUUUUUAGCCUCUUAGUUCUCGGGUUCCAAAUAUUGUUGGAUGAUCACAACAUUUUGUUUAGGUUUUAAAGCAGGAAAACAAGUGAUUCUCCCUAUUAAAUGUUUCAAUGUUGCUGGAUUUUGCUUAUGAAUCAUCCACAUAUAUUCGUUCGUUCAA